AUGGACCUCUCCAACCUCCAGUCCACCCUCCCGCCCGAUCUGGCCGACGCCCAGCGGGAUAUUGGCGACAAGUUCAGAGCCGCUGCCGCCAGCAUCGCAGCCCUCUACAAGAGCUCUUUAUCUGUGACCAAGCAAGGAUACAAUGCUGGCUACUCACAAGCUCUUAUCGACUUGCUUUCCACGGUUCAAUCUUCCAUCGGCGAAGGACAAGACUCUGCUCAGGCUCUGAGUAGGCUCAUGGAUUGGGCUGAUGCUCGACAGGCUGCGAUAUCGGCUUUUGCUGCAGACGAAGCCGAAGACACCUCUGCCCCCUCUUCCUCCCAGCCCCGCCCCCAAUUCCCCCAUCGACAGUCCCACCUCAUCCCUACCCGUCCAGCAUCGGCACCCGCCCUUGACCGCUUGGGUGCUGGCCGCCCCCCUGCAGGAAGACCAGUCUUCGGAGGAGAGGGGGAUGUUACGGUGAAUGGGAGGGUGGGGACGAGUCGGUUGAGAGGUGAAGGGGAUGCGACACCCUCGAGAAAUGGGGCUUUGUCGACAUAUCAGCCAACUCCUGCGCCCCUUCUAUCAUCUCCCCUUGAUUCCCCCUCUUCCCAUUUACUGGCGCCAACGACGAAACCCUCGCGCGGUCUCCCUAUCCGUUUCACUUCCUCUUCCUCUUCCUCCUCUUCCCUGUCCCAUCAACCACAACAUCACGCUGAAAGCUCAUCGCAAAAUCGACUUGACACACCCCCGAAUACCUUACCCUCAUCGACUUUCAACCCUUCCCUCCCGCCUCUACCUGCGGCCACGAGCGCCGAAUGGCCGAACAUGGAGGGCGCCCAAGAUGGUGCGCCAGGACAAGACUACCCCACGGGGGCGAAGCGGCCGAUAGUGGAGAGUAUGGACGUUGAGGAGCCUGCUGUCGCUGCUGUUCCCGUCGGUAUCUCUCUGGCACCGGGGUCGGCUGGCGGAGGGACGAGAACGCAGGGGAGAGCGGCAAAGAGGCGGAGUAUGGGAACGGUCAAAGAUGAUGAUGAGAAGGUUGAGAGAGGAAAGAGGGGGCGGGGUAGACAUGGGCACGGAGGGGGCGGGGCUGGUACAGGGCUUUGA